UGAACAUUUGCAACCGAAACACACUAAUUACGUCAGACCAACUCAUGUGUCAGCUUGAGUCCUCCUCCCUCCCUGCACUCCCACUCUGUGUUAGUGUAUGUUGCUGUGUUCCCCGCUCUGGAGCUGAGUUGGACAUCUAACCAUUCACCCCUAAGGCCAUAGUGCAGAGCCAGGAGAAUACCCAGGUAACCCCACAGCCAUGACGAACUCAGCGACUAACUUGCGGCUGAAGCUGCCCAUGGCCUGCAUCAUCCUGGAGGUGAUCAUCAUCAUCCUCUUCGGCACGCUGGUGAAGUACGACGAAGAGACAGACGCCAAGCAAUGGCACAUGGAAAUUGCCAAUGGCUCCUCCAACUACGAAAACGACUUUUACUACCGCUACCCCAGUGAGUGACCGCAGAGAGAGGGGUAGGGUUGGGGUAACGAGACAGGUGGGGUAGUAGACAUCCCUAACCACUGAUACAGGGUCAGAUACAUUUUCAUCCCUUUAAUGGUUAUGGUUAUGAUUAGGUAGUAUGGUGAUCUGACCCUAAAUCUGUGGAUAAGGGUAACUAUUACCUUGUGAGGGUGGAGAGGAUGGGGGAUGUGGAGUCCAUCUAUAGAAAUGAAAUAAUUGUUAUUUUCCUUCUUUGUUAUGGUUUGUCUAUGUGUCUGAGACUUGCAUGGUAGCAGAAGCAGAUCUGUUUGUUGUUUAGGCAAGUCUUGUGUCGUUCAUUGUCAUGCCAUACAUGUUUGUCAUGACAAUGAACAUGACAGAAAAGUUGUCUGAAGCUCAAACGAAUCUGACGACUAGAUGGGAAAUAAUGCAUUUUCCUUCUGUGUUAUGUCGCAUGUCUUGCUCCAGUGCUGUGUUUGUACAUUGCCUUCCCCCCUGGGGAGUCUAGUCUUCCCCAUCAUUUUUGGGGGGACGUUAUGAACUUACAGUACGGUUGUGUGGAGGAGAUGAGGAGGUGGGUGGUGAUGGUCAUGGGUCAUUGAGGUGAGCUGUUUGUGAGGGUUUGUAGAGGGGCAAAACAACUCUAUUUUAUGUUCUGUGCUCAGUGCUGUAGAUCAGCAUUCCUACUCUGAGACCCUUUGAUACAUUGGGCAGAGUGGGGUAAGAUGAGCCAAAGGGGUAAGUUGAGCCACCCUUGUUUCUAGGAAACCAUACAAUUAAAAAGUUGACCGAAUAUUUAGGAAGAGGUCAUCAUUUCAUGGAUUCUGUGAAGGAAUAAACUACAUGGAAAAGUAGUAAGCAAGUUAGGUCCAAAAAACAGAUUUUCACCAAGUCAAAUUAAUUUAAUAAUUAGGUUUCAUGAUGCUUGUAUCUAAACCAAAGUAGAUAAUUUUAAGAUUAUACAUCAGUUGGGGUGUCUAUAAGCUUCAACAUGAGGUCCUAAGCCUAGCAUGAAAGUGCACCCUUGUAGCUGUGUGGGCUAAUAUAGUCAAAAUGUUUGUCCUUCAGUAAGUUGAGCCAAUGGCCAUGGGGUAAGUUGGGCCAAUGGUUGAGCCAAUGGCAAGUUGAGCAAAUUGAAGUGUUUUCUUCCCAGCCAUAAUGCAAGGCAUUAUCGCUGGGAUAUGAGGUAACAACAGAGCCUGGCCUAUGUUAAAAGAGUUUAAAAAGUACAAAGUGUUUGUUAGGUGUUAAGCCUGUGUUAAAAGAUGCUUAAAAUAAUUAAAAGACAAAACAGCGAUUGUGUUUAAUUGUGUUUGGGAAAUAAAGAUAGACAUGGUUUUAAAAAGGUAGUAGUAAUAUUUCAUUCAAUACAGAAAUGUGUAGGCAGCUUAACUUAACCUGUCCCAUGGCUCAACUUACUCCAUACCCGGGGUAAGUUGUGCCAAGGGACCACUUUUUUUGGACAAGCUAUGUUUUCAAAACUGUAAUGUUUACAUUAAUUCUGAUUAUUUCCAGGGAUACACAACAUCCUGAAAUAUAUGUUAAUAUAUUUGUUAUAAAGAAUACUAUAUUUCCCUUGACGGAGGAAUGCUGAAUGUAAAAAAUGUAUCAACUUACCCCACUCUCCCCUACAACCCCUGAGCUCCUCAGUGUUCAAUGUGAGUUUUCCCUCCUUUGCUUUGACAUUUGGCUGCAAGCAGCAAAGCAACACAUGGUUAAUUUGUUUCCUAAUUAGAGGAGGGUUUGGUUGCCAAAUAUUUUUGGGUGAACUUGUUUUACUUUCUGUGACAGUGUACUCCAGUUCACUGAUGUAUCAAAUAAAUAAUUCUCAUAAUCGGUUUUAUACUUGAUAUGUUCCGUUUGCUUUGUGUUGUGGUGUACAAUAUAUACACCAACAAUCACAACAGUACAUUUUGGAGACAGAUGGAUACCUGAAAACAGACAAUGUGCUUAAGUAAUUGCAUACUGUCUACUGUCUGCGGUCCACUGAAAAUAACUGGAAACUAGAAGCUCUUUGUCAAGUGGGAGGAGAGGGAGAGUUAAGUUCCCCAAUGUCAAUAUGGAAACAAAUCCGGCAUGGGGAGAGAUUACUGUCCUUUGAUAUAACCCUUUAGUUUCUCAGAUCUGUCUGUCAAUGUUUCUUUGAUUAGCGUCAAAACCAUCUAACUCAUAGGCUACUUUGAACAGCAAGAGGGAAGGAAGUUUGUUUCUGAAUAGGUUAUAGCAUGUCUGUUGUAGUGGGUGUACAAUCAGCGGGUAUACUUUUUCUCCUCUGAACGUUGCUGUUCCACCUUAACAGAUCAGUAAUGAAAUGCAAAGGAAGACUACUGGGGGGGGAGGUGGUGGAGGUAAUCGGUGUGUGCAAUUCUUAGCCGUGUUGAAAGUUCACAUGUGUGCAACUAGUCCUACCUGUCACCACACCUUGAGGCUUUCCCAGUAUUGUCUCUGUACUACAUGUCAUGCAGGUGGCUGGGUGCAGGUAAGCCCCAGAAAGAGUAUGAGAAUGUCUGUUAUACAAACAUGGGAAUGUGUAGUAGGAAUGUUUAAUUUUCACAUUCACCCAAUCACUGUCCAAUUAGGCCAGAGGGAUAGGGGCUUCUGCGUGAGAAAGAAAGGCGCACCGGGGGGAGGAGAGUGAGGGGGAAAAGUUGAGUGAAAGAUGGGGAACAGAAGGAGGGAGGGUGAAAAGGAGAGAAAGGGUUAGGAGGGAGAGAGUGAUUGUUUUCAGAGAGAAGGAAAAGUUUGCUGUGGCAGUGUGAUGUAUGUGUUUAUUGUCACGCCAGCAAGGCUUGUCAUAUGGAUGACUGAGAUACACAGAAAAUGAGCUAGGGAGAGCGAGAAAGCAAGAGAAAAAGAUUGUAUGGCACAAAAAGGUAAUUAAGGAACCAAUGUUGAGCUGUGAGCUACUUUGGCUGGUAGCAAUGGUUUCCAGUUUUCCCAUGGUUUUCCCUUGUUAAGGCCGGGGAGUCAUACCCUGGUCAAUCACACUGACCGCUGUGGUCAGUGUGGUUGACUAGGCUAUUGGAGUCAUGGGAAACUUUGGGAGUUGAAUUAUAUGAAUCUCUGAGAAUUGGAUCAUGUCCGUUUGACUUUGAAUUCAAUUAAUCUUUGAAGUUGAAGUCUGUGACUCUUUUGAGAUUUGAAUCAAUUGAGCCUUUGAGGGUUGGGCCUUCACCCUUCACUGAAGCAGGUGAAGCUGCUGAUGCACAUUAUGCCAGGCUCACUAUUUAUGCUCUUGCCUUAAGCUAUUGAGUGACUGAGUACACUGACUUUGACACAAAGUAGAAACCUGUUCAAGUUUAGGUACAUUUGAAAGAGGAAGCACUAAAUGUCCAUUAGAAGUAAUUAUUUCAGAUCAUCUUUAACCUGUCACCCUCACUGCUGAAUGGAAGAUCACCUUCAAGAAUGAAACACACACACAUACACACAUACAGUAAGUGCACAUCUACAUUUUCAUUUACAUUUUAGUCAUUUAGCAGACGCUCUUAUCCAGAGCGACUUACAGGAGCAAUUAGGGUUAAGUGCCUUGCUCAAGGGCACAUCGACAGAUUUUUCACCUAGUCGGCUCGGGGAUUAGAACCAGCGACCUUUCGGUUACUGGCACAACGCUCUUACCCACUAAGCUACCUGCCGCCCCAUCUGACUACUCUCAUUGAACAUAUCCUGUUUGGAACUUCAAACGUUUAAGGUAUAAUAAAAGUAUACUGCUCUACAGUGUGCGGAUUACAGGGGUCGGGGGUCCCUAAUUGAACCAUUCUCCUAUUUGUUUUAAAUAUAAUUUUGUACUGCUAAAGUGGUACAUAUUAAACUAAAAGCUUAUUCCAAAUUAAAGGAACACCCCCACCUCUCUGUUAUGGUUUAAACCUUUUAAUCGCAUUAAUCUCUCUACUCCGCCUGUCUGCCUCUCCCUCUGUCUUGAGCUUUCGAGCUUUUGCUAGCAAACUUGCAACAGUAUCGACUGGGUCCAACCCUUUAGUGAACUUGCAACAUUGUUUCAACUGGGCCUCAAUUUUCCCUGCGGAUGAGCUCGGGACAGACACAACUGCAUUUGCGUCCCCAUUUGUCAGCAAGACACAUCAAUUAAUUCAGGCUACAAGAGUGUAGGCUUAAUGACAAUUGCCAAAUGUCAUUACACUUUUUGGUGUUUUGUAUGAGAUGUCUCUUUCCCUUCAUCAAAUGGCGGGUGCACAGGGCACUGUUUGGAUGAUGGAAUUAUUUUGGAGUGGAUGCACGUGUGCAAAUAGCCUACUUUUUGAAGUGAUUUGUUUGACAAUAAGUGAAAACAUCAUCACUGGGUGUGUUCAUGCCACAUUAAAAGGCAAUACAUGUUUACUGUUCAAAUACAUGUCUUUACUAUUAGGGCCAUAAAAAUGUUUGUGCACAAAUAGGAAGUCCCGUGAAUAAAAUUGAGACCCCCUGUCACGCCCUGGCUCUGGGGACUAUGUUAUGUUGAGCCAGGGUGUGUAAGUCUAUGUUUAAUUUUCUAUGUUGGUCUGAGUGACUCCCAAUCAGAGGCAACGAGUGUCAGCUGGGUGUCUCUGAUUGGGAGCCAUAUUUAACUGUUUGUCUUGCACUUUGUGUUUUGUGGUUUCUUGUUCCUUUUGGUUUGUGUAUCGAAGGACUUCACGUUUCGUUCUUUGUUUUGAUCGUGUGAUCUAGUCAAUAAAUAUAAAUAUGUUCACCCGCAACGCUGCGCCUUGGUCCUCUCUGUUCGACGAUCGUGACAGAAGAAACCACCUUAACCAGACCAAGCAGCGUGUUCAGGAGCCAUCGCUGGCAGAUCUCCGUGGCAACCUCGACUGGAUCAAGCAGCGUGACGAGGAGAGAGGAUGGACGUGGGAGGAGAUGAUUGCGAGUCUGGCAAGAGGGAGGAGAGACCCCCAGGAAAUUUUUAGGGGGGGGCUCACGACGUCGGGGCAGCAGGUGUACGGGUUAGAGCGGUGCAAAGCGUUGGCAGAGAAGGCCGCCAGGUUAGGGGGGCCACUGGGCACAGAGGAGAGGGAAAGUGUGGAGGCACGGCGAGAGGUACUGGGGUGUGUUACCAGUCCGGUCCGGCCCGUUCCUGAUCCCUGCGUGGGGCCAGUGGUGUGUGUCCCCAGUACGGUCCGGCCUGUUCCUGCCAUUCCCACCAAGUCAGUGGUGCGCGUCGUCAGCCCAGCCCGGCCUGUUCCUGCCAUUCCCACCAAGUCAGUGGUGCGCGUCGUCAGCCCGGCCCGGCCUGUUCCUGCCAUUCCCACCAAGUCAGUGGUGCACGUCGUCAGCCCAGCCCGGCCUGUUCCUGCCAUUCCCACCAAGUCAGUGGUGUGCGUCGACAGCCCAGCCCGGCCUGUCCCUGCUCCACGCACAAAGCCUACGGUGUGCGUCGCCAGCCCAGCCCGGUCUAUUCCUGCUCCCCGCACCAAACCUACGGUGUGCGUCGACAGCCCAGCCCGGCCCGUUCCUGCUCUCCGCACCAAGUCUGUGGUGCGCGUCGCCAGCCCAGUCCAGCCCAUCCAAGCUUCCCGCACCAAGCCAGUGGUGUGCGUCGUCAGUCCGGCACGGCCCGUUCCUGCUCUCCGCACCAAGUCUGUGGUGCGCGUCGCCAGCCCUGUCCGGCCCGUCCAAGCUCCCCGCACCGGGUCAGUGGUGCGCGUCGUCAGCCCGGUCCGGCUCAUUCCUGCUCCCCGCACCAAGUCAGGGGUGCGCUUCGUCAGCCCGGUCCGGCCUGUUCCUCCUCCACGCAGCAAGCCAGGGGUGUGCGUCGUCAGUCCAGCACAACCCGUGCCUGGGUCAUGUCCGGAGCCGGAUCCGCCGCCGAGGAGGAGUGCCCACCCGGUCCCUCCCCUGUUGUGGUUGUUUGGCGCGGUCGGAGUCCGCGCCUUUGGGGGGGGGUACUGUCACGCCCUGGCUCUGGGGACUAUGUUAUGUUGAGCCAGGGUGUGUAAGUCUAUGUUUAAUUUUCUAUGUUGGUCUGAGUGACUCCCAAUCAGAGGCAACGAGUGUCAGCUGGGUGUCUCUGAUUGGGAGCCAUAUUUAACUGUUUGUCUUGCACUUUGUGUUUUGUGGUUUCGUGUUCCUUUUGGUUUGUGUAUCGAAGGACUUCACGUUUCGUUCUUUGUUUUGAUCGUGUGAUCUAGUCAAUAAAUAUAAAUAUGUUCACCCGCAACGCUGCGCCUUGGUCCUCUCUGUUCGACGAUCGUGACACCCCCAAAUGUCACUGUAUAAUUCUCACUCUGCUGCUCUUUAUUGUCUGGGUGUGUAUGUAGGUUGACCUCAUUGCUAUGAGAUAAGAGAUUUGCUGUUAUGUCAACAUAUAGUAGAAGCCUUUAGAACUAUAGCUGCUCCACAUGACAAAUGUCUAGAAAGCAAAUUAUAUAUGAUUGAAAGACACAGUCAGAAUUAAGAGAACUGUAAAUAAGGCAUUAGGUUAAAACUGGUCUGUAUGUUGCUUCAUGAGUGCAGGUAAUAUAUUAAAACAACAAUUUUUACAAUGUGUUUUGUUUAUUUACAUCCUCACAGGUGUUGUCCGUGUGUGAGCAUGUUACAUUUUCUCACCGCUCUGUAGGUGUCAGUAGGUGUCCUUCUAGGGGACACGGGGUAUUUGGGCCAGCCUGCCAAUGGGGAGUUGGGCAGUGCGAAUAUCCUCCAUGCCAAUGAUCAGUUGCCAGGCAACGACACCAAGAGAUAUUGUCCCCACUCCCCAGUGCCAUAUGGAUGAAUACGUCCAGUGGGCAGAGGGAGGUGUAGUAGGCUGGUUAACAAGGCCGGAUAGCAGGCUGAAUUGAGCUAUGAGGCACAGGGUAACUUCUCUGUGUCCUUCUAUGUAGGCCAACUGAGGCUCCCAAAGCCCCCUGUCCCGCUCAAUUUAAAUCACAAAAUGUUGACUAAAAGGGAUUGUUGGUGACCAGAACUUACAAUUAGAUGAAAGAUACUGCUACAGUGGGGGGAAAAAGUAUUUAGUCAGCCACCAAUUGUGCAAGUUCUCCCACUUAAAAAGAUGAGAGAGGCCUGUAAUUUUCAUAAUAGGUACACGUCAACUAUGACAGACAAAUUGAUUAAAAAAAUUCCAGAAAAUCACAUUGUAGGAUUUUUAAUGAAUUUAUUUGCAAAUUAUGGUGGAAAAUAAGUAUUUGGUCACCUACAAACAAGCAAGAUUUCUGGCUCUCACAGACCUGUAACUUCUUCUUUAAGAGGCUCCUCUGUCCUCCACUCGUUACCUGUAUUAAUGGCACCUGUUUGAACUUGUUAUCAGUAUAAAAGACACCUGUCCACAACCUCAAACAGUCACACUCCAAACUCCACUAUGGCCAAGACCAAAGAGCUGUCAAAGGACACCAGAAACAAAAUUGUAGACCUGCACCAGGCUGGGAAGACUGAAUCUGCAAUAGGUAAGCAGCUUGGUUUGAAGAAAUCAGGGAGCAAUUAUUAGGAAAUGGAAGACAUACAAGACCACUGAUAAUCUCCCUCGAUCUGGGGCUCCACGCAAGAUCUCACCCCGUGGGGUCAAAAUGAUCACAAGAACGGUGAGCAAAAAUCCCAGAACCACACGGGGGGACCUAGUGAAUGACCUGCAGAGAGCUGGGACCAAAGUAACAAAGCCUAGCAUCAGUAACACACUACGCCGCCAGGGACUCAAAUCCUGCAGUGCCAGACGUGUCCCCCUGCUUAAGCCAGUACAUGUCCAGCCAGUCUGAAGUUUGCUAGAGUGCAUUUGGAUGAUCCAGAAGAGGAUUGGGAGAAUGUCAUAUGGUCAGAUGAAACCAAAAUAUAACUUUUUGGUAAAAACUCAACUCGUCGUGUUUGGAGGACAAAGAAUGCUGAGUUGCAUCCAAAGAACACCAUACCUACUGUGAAGCAUGGGGGGUGGAAACAUCAUGCUUUGGGGCUGUUUUUCUGCAAAGGGACCAGGACGACUGAUCCGUGUAAAGGAAAGAAUGAAUGGGGCCAUGUAUCGUGAGAUUUUGAGUGAAAACCUCCUUCCAUCAGCAAGGGCAUUGAAGAUGAAACGUGGCUGGGUGUUUCAGCAUGACAAUGAUCCCAAACACACCGCCCGGGCAACGAAGGAGUGGCUUCGUAAGAAGCAUUUCAAGGUCCUGGAGUGGCAUAGCCAGUCUCCAGAUCUCAACCCCAUAGAAAAUCUUUGGAGGGAGUUGAAAGUCUGUGUUGCCCAGCGACAGCCCCAAAACAUCACUGCUCUAGAGGAGAUCUGCAUGGAGGAAUGGGCCAAAAUACCAGCAACAGUGUGUGAAAACCUUGUGAAGACUUACAGAAAACAUUUGACCUGUGUCAUUGCCAACAAAGGGUAUAUAACAAAGUAUUGAGAAACUUUUGUUAUUGACCAAAUACUUAUUUUCCACCAUAAUUUGCAAAUAAAUUCAUAAAAAAUCCUACAAUGUGAUUUUCUGGAGAAAAAAAUUCUCAUUUUGUCUGUCAUAGUUGACGUGUACCUAUGAUGAAAAUUACAGGCCUCUCUCGUAUUUUUAAGUGGGAGAACUUGCACAAUUGGUGGCUGACUAAAUAAAAAAAUUCCCCACUGUAUACUACUGUCAUAAGACAGUCUUUCUCACCAAACCAUAAGAAGGGGAUUGUUAAAAUGUUUGCAAGACUGACCACACAGGCACUUGAAUAGUGACAAUGUGCAUCCAACGCAAUAAAAUAAUCUGUACUGUGUUCUCCUCCUUUGUUCAGGCUUUCAGGAUGUGCACGUGAUGAUCUUCAUUGGCUUUGGUUUCCUCAUGACGUUCCUGCAACGUUACGGCUUUAGCAGUGUGGGCUUCAACUUCCUCAUUGCGGCCUUCGCUCUGCAGUGGGCCACUCUCAUGCAGGGCUUUGUCCACGGCAUGCACGGGGGCAAGAUCCACAUCGGAAUAGAGAAGUACGGCUCAUGCACACACUAACCUACAUUUCAUACUAAAAUAAACACAACACACCAGCAGAUACAUGUGAUGUGUAUACAUGUCAUAUCAUACAGGUGUAAGUGUAUACUGUAGUGUAUCCCAUAAUAAACCCUAUCAUUAAGAGUGUUUGUCCCUCCUGCAGUAUGAUCAACGCUGACUUCUGCACGGGCUCAGUGCUUAUCUCGUUCGGGGCGGUCCUGGGGAAGACCAGUCCAGUCCAGCUGCUGGUCAUGUCUGUGAUUGAAGUCACCCUGUUCGCAGUCAAUGAGUUCAUUGUGCUUUCUGUUCUGGGGGUGAGUGUGUGUGUGUGUUUAGGUGUACCAUUAAAUGUACAAUUCAUGUCUUGCAGCCUUAAGGCUUAUAUGUGUGUAUACAAAACUACACUAAACCUGAUUUUUUACGUACUAUUAUGCCUACUCUCCUAUUUGGCUUUCUCAUCACUCUUGCGUAAUAUACUUUUAGACUAAGCUUUUUACACCCCUUAAAUUAGAUCAUGUUCACCUUUAGGCCAAGGAUGCUGGUGGCUCCAUGACCAUCCACACCUUUGGAGCUUACUUUGGCCUGAUGGUGGCUCGUGUUCUCUACCGCCCCAACCUGGACAAGAGCAAACACAAGAACUGCUCUGUCUACCACUCUGACCUCUUCGCCAUGAUUGGUAAGAAUACCUCCUGCUCAUCGUAAGCAGGAAGCCCGUACAUUAGAUACAAAUAGCCACCAUAAACAAGUCGGACAACUUAACCUUCAUUUUCUGAAGACGCCAGUUAUGUUUUGACUAUGCAUGCCAAUGCCAAUGUAUGGGAAUCUGUGUCAUAAUUAAGAGUACAGUACAUCCACCUCCCCAGGAAAAAACCUUACCUGUAAGCUUGCUAAACUAAAGGACUAUAUUACAUACCAGUUUGCUAAUACUUAUUUUUCCCUGCCUGCUCAGGCACCAUCUACCUGUGGAUGUUCUGGCCAAGCUUCAACUCUGCUGUGACGGCCCACGGAGACGACCAGCACCGCACGGCUAUGAACACCUACUAUUCCCUGGCUGCCUGCACCCUAGCCACCUACGGCCUGUCUGCCGUUGUGGCCCAUGAUGGCAAGCUCGAUAUGGUGAGGGGGCUAGUACGGUAGGGGGGACUUAAGAGGAAAAGCAGGUCCCUAAAAGUACUCUAGGGCUAGACAGGCGAUGUGGACUUGGGGGGACAUAGUAGGGAGAAGUAGGAUUCUACAGGGACUAUGCAGUGGAAAUGAGGGGCUUAAAGUGGUCUUCCCAGAUAAUUUCAAGUGGGAGUUAGGGACUAGACAUGGUAGGGGAAGGAAGAUUUCUCCCAGUGUUUGUUGUCAAAACAAUCUGGUUCAACUGUAUUUUGCGUCAUAGGCCUACUAGAUAUACAGUAGCCCUAUUAGAUGUUAUACAUGUAAGUAAAUAUUUGGAAUGAAACAUGACUCCUUUGGGAUUAAAUCUUGAUUGGCAAACUGAAUCAUCAUACAGGAUGUUUGCAUAUCCAGACAGGUAUUUCAACUAUUGUCUACAGAUGUAGUUAGGUGUGCUUGCUGAAAGCAAAGCACAACUGUAGAUUUCUUACAUACUUAUAUUAUUAUUAUUAUUAUUAUUAUAUUUAUUCCACUCGCUCUAGCGCUUAAAUUAUUUAAGCUAUUAACAUGAAACCAACUUCCAAAUGUGCAGACUGCACCAAAUUAGAUUGCUUGAAAAACGUUUUAAUAGCAAUGAACUCAUCAACAGUAACUCUUGAACCGUUCAAGCUAGAGACACCAAACCAACUUUCACAUGUUCAGGCUAUCCUAUCCAAUCAAGCAAUCAAUCAGCUAACCAAUCAAUCAAUCUUUUAAUCUACCCACUUUUUCAACUAUAACCAGUCACUACCAUUACUACUGCAGUCACUACCACUUCUAUAACUUAUUUCAAAACCAUAAAUACUUUCAAACAAGCUAGCAAGCCCACAUUUCCUUCCGAAAAUUGACUUUUCUAGUUUAGAUUUGAUUUAUCUAUUCUAAACUAUCAAACUAUGAAUCAUCAAACUUUCUCACAAGAUACGAUUUAAGAAUUAAGAAUGCCUAGAUUGGAAACCAUCCCAAAAAUAUGCAUGCUUAAGCAUCACACCAUAGUUACGAUCUAACUUUUAGAGUAUACAGUCAUGUGAGCCAGACAAUAUAUCUAGUUGCUAUGUCCCUUGAGGACAUAGCUGUCAUCUGCAUCUCAUGCUGAAAUCAAGAAGGUGCAUUCCUGUCUAGAUGGAAAUCAAUCUGAAGUUGUCUUUUCUAUACAAUGGAGGGAGUGUUGGAGUCAGUGAACAUACCACAUGACCUGAUGAUAGUAGUACCGUUCAAAUCAGCUGAGAUUAUCUCACAGUUGGUGAAAGGGUAGUGUGUCAGCAGCAUAUCAUAAAAUCUGUCUAUAAUCUAACUCUACACACUCGCACACCCCCACUUUGCAUGAUGGCGAUAGCAAAUAGAUAAUUAAAAUAAAGGUAUGAAUGGACUCUGACAAUCAACCAUUUUGAACACCAUUUUAAAAACGUUGUCUCUCUCCUCUCUUUAGGUGCACAUCCAGAACGCUGCCCUUGCCGGUGGGGUUGCCGUGGGAACUGCUGGUGAAAUGAUGCUCACUCCUUUCGGCUCCAUGAUUGUGGGCUUCCUGGCUGGAACCGUCUCUGUGCUGGGCUUCAAGUUCCUCUCGGUAAGGCCAACCUCCCAUUGGUAAGACAGGAUAUAGGACAGAAGUGUAUGGAAAUGAAAAUGUAUUAUGCUCCUGAGACCCAGCAAUAAAACAUAUCUGUAAUUAAAAAUACAACAUUUUUUGGGGUGAUAAAAAACUUAAACAAUUACAAAAUAUAGGUUUAUUUAUUUUAUAUUGUACGUGCACUGUAGUGGACUUAAUAAAUCAUUUGAUAGUAAAUAUUACAAAUUUAACAUUACAGUAAAUGGGUAGAGUAGGUAACAAAACUACAGAGGACAUAAAUAAGCUCUUAUUUAGCUCUUAUUCAAUGUGAAAAAUGAUUGCACUGCUCUGAAAACUCACCAAACUAUUCCUGAGAUAUUUACUUACUAAAAGCAAUUGAAUAUUAAACUCACAAAAAAAUGAUAAUUACACAAUUACACACACUUACCUUCCUUUUUACCAUAAAAUGUGCUAAUUGUGUUGGCAGCCAUUUUGACAAACCUGGAAGAGAAAGUUAUCCAGGUCACACUCCCACAUGUGAUAUCAUUGAAAAGCCCUGAAUGUCCUUUCAAGGGGUCUCAGGAGGAUUUGACCAUUUAUGAUGCCAACAGAACAAGAGAAUCUAUUUACAACAUAAACAGUCAUGUUGAGAAACACAUCCACUUAUGUGUAUAUGGCACCUUUUGAAGGACAUACGGGUGCUAGGGUGCAUACACGUCACACACACAAACACCCGCACUCAUGGCCACUGCCAACUUUCCACCCCUGUCCCCUCAGCCUAUCCUGGAAAAAAAGCUGAAGAUACAGGACACGUGUGGCGUCCACAACCUGCAUGGCAUGCCUGGAGUCCUGGGAGCCAUCGUUGGAGCAGUUACUGCUGCUCUGGCAACCAAGGAUGUCUAUGGAGAUGGGUUAGUCUGCCUUUUUUUUGACAAGUUGGAAAAGUGUGCCCUCUGCUGGUGUUAUGGUGAAGCUCCCCCUAUUGCGCAACAGACAGACGCCAUCAAAGCGUGCAUUCAUACAACAGUUUCAUUCAACACUCCCUGCUCUCUGUGUUGCAGGAUGGCUGAUGUGUUCCCUGACAUCCACUCUGGGGAUGUGGAGGCCUCGUCCCAGGGCGUACGACAGGCCAUCUCCCUGGCUGUGACCCUGGGCAUCGCCCUCCUGGGCGGUCUUAUCACCGGUACGUAGAGGGACUAGCUAGAGGAUAGGGGGGAUUUAAAUAUUACCAGUUUACAGAAUGUUGUAAGCACACACAGUCAUUAUCUUGACUUGAGUUUGUUUUCGCAAAUGCAUGGUGAUAUUAUAUAUAUGCUCUUUUGUUCCUGUAUAUAGGCCUAUGCCUUGUGUAUGUGUGUAAUUGUAUCAUGUCCUUGUCAUGUAAUUUAUAUGUCCAUGUCUUGUAGGUUUUAUUCUGAAGCUGCCAAUCUAUGGUGCUCCUCCUGACACCAUCUGCUUUGAGGAUGGCAUCUACUGGGAGGUAAGUUUAGCUACUACACCCAGUCACUUUGUAUGGAUGAAUGAACACACAGGACUCACAUUUGUACAUAGUGUUUGUGUGACAGUGCAGUGCCAUUCAGGCCCAUGAAGGGUUAAAGAUUGUCAGCGAUGGCAUACAGUUGGGCCCCAAUGUUGUGCAAUGUGAUAUGUGGCCACAAGGUGUCAUGCUUGCAUUUGGUUACUGAACUCCAAUGGCUGCAUGUCAUGUCAGAACAUCAGGUGGUGCCAUUUCACAUGGUCAAUGCAUGUAUAAUCAGUAAUUGACGAUUCUCUUGAUAAAAACAUAUAUAUAAAGAUGUAGGAAUGUGUUGAAAUUAGCUAGGCAAUAGGCAUACUUGCAUUUUCAUGACUAGAUGAUAAGGUGAAAAAAAGGUUUAAAUAAGCCACCACUACAUCUUUAUUUUUCUCUUUCCAUUUUACUCUCUCUCUCUCUCUCUCUCUCUCUCUCUCUCUCUCUCUCUCUCUCUCUCUCUCUCUCUCUCUCUCCUCUCUCUCUCUCUCUCUCUCUCUCUCUCUCUCUCUCUCUCUCUCAGCUGCCUGGUGAGGAGGGCUCACAUGAGGAGUUGACCACUGUUAGGACACUGGAUGAGGCAGAAAAGCUCAACGCAUAAACACACACACACAUACACACACAUGAGAUCCACACAUAGUAGAUUGU